AUGGUAGCAGCUGUUUCGACCGACCCGGUUCCACAGCUGCUUCGCGGGCAUUGGCUGGACUCCAUAGGGCAUUCCAUCAUUGUCAGCAAGUCCACGGAUGAGGAGCUGAUCUUCACGGCAGUGCUCACCCCCCUGGUGGAGCAUCCCGAUGCGAAAGACCGCAUUCUCCGGAUCGAUAGGCCGGAGGACGGCCACCAGUGGCGCUGUGGGAAUGCCACCCUGGAGCUUGCCGACCGGGAAAACCAAAGGCUUGUCUGGAUCACGGAGGAUGGCCGGCGAAGCGUUUGGUCCAGGACCAAAGAGCUCGCGCCGAGCGGUGCCUCAAGGAACGGCGAGAGGGAAGCAGCCGAGGAUAGCGACAAGGACGUGGACAGCAUCGCGUUUCCCUGGCUGCUGAACAACUGUGCUCCAGAGCCAUGGCUUCCCUUGGACGUCCCCCGAGACAUCCUCUACGAUGGUGCCCGAGUUGCGGCCUUGCUGGACAUCAGGCAAAUGAUCGGUGCUCGCAGCGAGCCGCAGGAGCGCUUGACGCACAUCCUCAUGGACCACGACCUUCACCCCACGCGCCAGGGUGGCGACUACCUGAUCCCGGGUGUGGACUCACCGCUCUGGCAGACCUUGGACGUGUCGGAGUCCAUGCGUCGCAGUAUUGUGCAGAGAAUCAGCAGGAUCCCUCAUGAGGUGCUCUCUCAGCGCGUCAGCUGGAGCGGCAGCGCAGAGGUCUGGGUUGGCCGGCACAAAAUCUCGUGCCGCUCUCGAGACAUUCAGGCCCUCAACGCCAGAUGGGUACCUCCUUUCCAGGACGAGCGGAAACCGCUGGAGAUCGCACGCCUGUUGGCCUUGUAUAGCGUUUUUGACAAUCCAUUGAGCAACCGCCGCAAUGGUGUUCACUUGGGGCUGGACCCCGAGAUUCGACGACAUUGCGAAUUUGAGCUGUUUGCCUCGCCACUGAACGCAGCCGUCCAAAACGGGCGCUUCUCGAGCAAAUGGCCUCAUGUAGAGUGGCGCUUUGGUUCCAUAGGAUCGUAUCCAUCCGUCAUCGACUAUUUGCCCGUGAAUUCGGUUGUGUGCAUCAACCCUCCAUUUACUGAGGCGUACCUUGCUGACGUCAUGGCACGCCUCGCUGAGCUCAAGCAUCUAAACUGCAGUUCUUCCAUGUGGUCAAACUAG